UGCAGUGACAAAGGGAAUUGUGCAUUUGAAGCAUGCUCACUGACCCUGAUUUACCUCAGGAGUUUGAAAGGAUGUCUUCCAGGCGCCCAGCCUCUCCGUAUGGGGAAGCAGAUGGAGAGGUAGCCAUGGUGACGAGCAGACAGAAAGUAGAGGAAGAGGAAAGUGAUGGGCCCCCAGCCUUUCACCUUUCUUUACAUGUGAGUUUUCCCACCCAGCCUCACUCCGAGGAAUUCCAGCCAGUCCCUCUGCUGACCCACGAGACGGGCGGCCCCCGAACUCCCACUCCUCAGCACAGUAGCAUGGAAGUUGAUGGCAAUAAAGUUAUGUCUUCAUUUACGGCACACAACUCAUCUACCUCACCCCAGAAGGCAGAAGAAGGUGGGCGACAAACUGGGGAGUCCCUGCCUAGUGCCACCCUGGGGACCCCUGAACGGCGCAAGGGUAGCUUAGCCGAUGUGGUAGACACAUUGAAGCAGAGGAAAAUGGAAGAACUCAUCAAAAACGAGCCAGAAGAGACACCUAGUAUCGAAAAGCUACUCUCAAAGGACUGGAAAGACAAGCUUCUUGCAAUGGGAUCAGGGAACUUCGGAGAAAUCAAAGGGACUCCGGAAAGCCUGGCGGAGAAGGAGCGGCAGCUCAUGGGUAUGAUCAACCAGCUGACCAGCCUGCGCGAGCAGCUGCUGGCCGCCCACGACGAGCAGAAGAAGCUGGCCGCCUCCCAGAUUGAGAAGCAGCGCCAGCAGAUGGAGCUUGCCAAGCAGCAGCAAGAGCAGAUUGCCAGACAGCAGCAACAACUUCUGCAGCAGCAACACAAAAUCAAUUUGCUCCAGCAACAGAUUCAGGUUCAAGGUCAAUUGCCGCCCUUAAUGAUCCCCGUGUUCCCUCCGGAUCAAAGGACCCUGGCUGCAGCCGCCCAGCAAGGAUUCCUCCUCCCUCCCGGCUUCAGCUACAAGGCCGGAUGCAGUGACGCCUACCCAGUUCAGCUGAUUCCCACCACCAUGGCUGCCGCGGCUGCCGCAACCCCCGGCCUAGGCCCACUGCAACUGCAGCAGUUGUAUGCUGCCCAGCUAGCCGCCAUGCAAGUGUCACCAGCAGGGAAGCUGCCCGGCUUAGCCCAGGCCAACCUCGGUGCUUCUGUAUCUCCUACCAGCAUUCACACCGACAAGAGCACAAGCACCCCGCCGCCCAAAAGCAAGGAUGAAGUAGCACAGCCACUGAACCUAUCCGCCAAACCCAAGACCUCCGAUGGCAAGUCGCCCACAUCGCCCACCUCCCCCCACAUGCCAGCGCUGAGACUAAACAGCGGGGCAGGCCCCCUCAAAGCCUCGGUCCCCGCUCCCCUGGCCAGCCCUUCAGCCAGAGUUAGCACAAUAGGUUAUUUAAACGACCACGACGUCGUCACCAAGGCCAUCCAAGAAGCGCGGCAAAUGAAGGAGCAGCUUCGGCGGGAGCAGCAGGCGCUGGACGGGAAGGUGGCCGUGGUCAAUAACCUAGGCCUCAACAACUGCCGGACGGAGAAGGAGAAAACCACGCUGGAGAGCCUGACCCAGCAGCUGGCAGCCAAACAGAGCGAAGAAGGGAAAUUUAGCCAUACAAUCAUGGAUUUCAAUAUGAGCGGAGACUCGGAUGGGAGUGCGGGAGUCUCAGAGUCAAGAAUUUACCGGGAGUCGAGGGGUCGUGGCAGCAACGAACCCCACAUCAAGCGUCCCAUGAAUGCCUUCAUGGUGUGGGCGAAAGAUGAGCGCAGGAAGAUCCUGCAGGCCUUUCCUGACAUGCACAACUCCAACAUCAGCAAGAUCCUAGGGUCCCGCUGGAAGGCCAUGACGAACCUGGAGAAGCAGCCGUACUACGAGGAGCAGGCGCGGCUGAGCAAGCAGCACCUGGAGAAGUACCCGGACUACAAGUACAAGCCGCGGCCCAAGCGCACCUGCCUGGUGGACGGCAAGAAGCUGCGCAUCGGCGAGUACAAGGCCAUCAUGCGCAACCGGCGCCAGGAGAUGCGACAGUACUUCAGCGUCGGGCAGCAGCCCGCGCUCCCGCUGGCGCCCGCGGGCGUGGUGUACCCCGGCGCCCUGGCCGUGGCCGGCCUGCCCUCGCCGCACCUGCCGUCCGAGCCGUCGAGCGUGUCGUCCAGCCCCGAGCCCGGGCCGCCGGGCGUGGCGGGCGGCCCCGGCCCCGGCCCCGCCGAGCCCCGCGCCGCGCUCAAGGAGGAGCUGCUGCGGCCCGACGAGCUCAACGGCGACGCCUACGACGACUUCGACGACGACGACGACGACCCCGACGUGGACUUCGGCAGCGACAGCGAGCACGCGCUGGCCGGGCCGGCCAACUGA